AUGGCGGCUAUUUCUAAUGAAAUCUUGAUCGUUGGCGGUGGUCCGUCUGGACUACUCCUUGCCCAUGAAUUGCUCCGCCGCAGAAUACCCGUUCGCAUCAUCGAAAAGCGACCCGGUCCAUCACACACAAGCCGGGCAAUGACUAUUCAUGCUCGAUCGAUGGAAAUGUUCGAUCAUAUGGGUCUGGCGAAUCGGCUUGAAGAAGUGCCAUUGCCAACCCGAUACCCUUUCUACUAUAAGAUCAGCCAAAACGAUUUUGAACUAGCUCUCCGUGAACUGAUGUUGUCGAAAUAUUCCAUUGGUCCAGAGUAUAAAACCGAGCUCAUUGAUUUGAAGCAAGAUGUUCAGGUUGUUACAGCCACCAUUCGCAACCCAGAUGGUACAACAGCUGUCACCGUGUACCCAUGGGUGGUGGGUUGUGAUGGGGUUCAUAGCUUCGUGCGAAAUGCGGCAGGGAUCAAGUUCGAGGGUGAUACAGUGGCGGUGAUGAGCAUGGCAGAUUUGGAACUGAAAAAUGUUAAUUUUGAUGAUCGGUGGAUGAACUACUAUUUCAAUGAGGACCUUUUUAUGAAUUGCACCAAGAUGCCGGGAAAGCUAUGGAGAAUCUACAUGAGUGAGCCGACAGGGGAUUAUGUCUUUGCUACGGAUCAGCAGAAGGCAUACCAGGAAGUUGCUGAUAAAUUGGGGAUCGGGUUCCAGGUCGGCCGGAUGCACUGGCAAACUGCAUGGAACGUUCGCAAUCAUAUUGCGGAAACAUACCGCGCCGGUCGCAUGCUGAUAUGUGGUGAUAGUAGCCAUGUUCAUUCCCCCUCGGGAGGUCAGGGCAUGAAUGGUUGCAUGCAGGAUGCCUUCAAUCUAGGCUGGAAACUUGCGGCUGUCUACAAGAAGCAGGCGAGUGAGUUCAUACUCGACUCAUAUGAACGUGAGCGCAAACCGAUUGGCAAGCAAAUCAGCGAAGGUGCGAUGUCCACGCAUGAAAUUGUCAUGGGUUUUGGUAUCCCGCCCGAAGAUCGCCUGCAUCUUACGCGAGAACCUGGAUGGGAGUUGCGGACUGUCAAUCUUGUUAGCGGCCUCUCGCACAAUUACAGUGGCGUUUCCAACCUGCCGAAGGACCUUACUCCCGUGCCGGGCCCUCAGGCUGGGGAUCGUGCACCGGAUGCGCUCCUGAUUCAAGAACCCAAAAGACGCAUUUAUGAUGUUUUCCGGCGGCCACAGUUCUCCCUUAUAGUGGCCCCUGGUACGGAUGCAACAGAUGUGAUCGACAUUGGCGCCAGAGUCCGUGAUGAGAUGGACCGACUGUUUUUGGGCCAAGUAUCAACAUAUCUUGUCAUCAAUGCAGACAGCCCUGACCCACGCUUCGACUUCGAUCACCAGUCUUUAGAUGAACUUGACGAGUUCACGCAACGAUAUAAGAUCGGCUCAGAAGGUCGACUGGUUCUCGUUCGUCCCGAUCUAUAUAUCGGAAUGGCCUGUCUACCUGGCGAGUGGGAGAAGGUUGUCCAGUACAUGAAGCAGUGGUUCUUGACGUCUCAAGAAGCAAGUUAG